AUGAUAGUAACACAUACUACUACAACAGAAGUUCAGAGUAACAAGAAUCUGACCAUUCAUCCGGAGAGGAGAAACGAGAAGGACGAUAUCCACAAGAAUAUACCCAUUACAACUGAUUUGGUGUGCUUUUUCCUUGCACAUGAAAUCAAAUUUCUUAAUCCCACGACAAGACAGAUUGCAACAGUUGAGUGGCCGAAGAUUAUGGACUCCCUUGAAAAUUGUGCAAAGGCUUUUAGGUAUAUAUCUUCUAGAAAUGAAUACACCUUUAUGGCACUCUGUUUCCCUCCAACUCUUGGAUAUUUCUAUGGAUGUACCCUUUCAUUUGAGCCUUGUUUGCGGAUAGAUCAAGUGCGUUGGAAAGCAGUGGACAAGGUGUGUCCCUUUCGAGUUGAUGACAGAAUUUGGAUGGACAGAUAUGUUUAUUGGCUGAUAGAAAAUCCCCGCAGCGGUAUGGGAACAGAGUUUACAGAGUUGCUGGUUUCAUUUGACACGGAGACGGAGACUUUUCAGGUAAUUCAUGCACCUCCAACUCCUAUGUUCAUUACUGUUAAUUGUUUCCCUAGAGUGAAGAUCUUGGAUUAUCGAAGGACUAUGUGCGUAACUGAGGAGAAAUACAUUUAUAUGAGAGAUAUGCAGUUUGAAAUAUGGGUCUAG